GUAUCAUUGCCCUCGCCCUCACCCAGAUCGCUUCUUCCCUUCUCGUCACUCUUUAUUGAUGGCGUUUAUUUUUAACUUUUUCUCUCAUGGUUCGCUUUCCUUCUUUGUUACUGCCUCUGCCUGGGCGUGAUCCGGGUGCCCAAACCCUCAAUGGUCCCUCGGAGCUGCAUAUGAGUUUUCAAUAUCCCGGAUCCAUCAUCCGAGCACCACUCUCACCCCCUCAGAGCCUCGUCUACCCUCCGGCACCUAUCAGACCAUGGCAAGUCGCUUCCAGCUCGGGGCCGCGACCGGCCAGCAGCUUCUCGACCCUUGGGCCCAGGGGAUCAGCGUCAUGAGGGAGGUUUGCUCCCGCUGGUCCCAGCUGGACAUCACGCAAAUCGGAUCCCUCAUCGCCAUCGCCGGCACGGUACCCACGGCCUGGCGACUUCUACAGCGCGUCUCGCAGGAGGCCUACGGCUGCGUCCGGCGCUUCUUCCUCGCUUCCGUCACCAUUCCCGGCGACGACCCCCUCAACCGGAACGUGGUGCAAUGGAUCCUCGCCAACCGCCCGCGCCACUGCCGUUCCUUCACCGGACGCACCGACAUGGGCCGUGCCGCCCACGGCGACCGCGCAGCGGCCCUUAAGAAGAGCCAGCACGCGAUCCAGUACCUCCCGCACUGGAGCACACGAUGGCUCUGGUACGGCGGGUGCCUCUUCGUCGUGACCCGGAACCGCGCGGAUUUCAGCCGCGGUGCCCUGUCGGAUCCGAGCAACGACGGCAUCGGCAACGAGGCCCUGACCGUGAGCUGUUUCGGCUGGUCCGCGGAGCCCGUCAAGGCCUUCAUCCACGCGUGCCGCGAGUACGCGGAGCGACAGACGCAGUUCUUCGUCAUCAUCUACGCCCGCGACCGGUACGGGCUUGCCUGGAAGCCCAAGGCGCGCAAGCCGCUCCGGCGCCUGGACACGGUGCACUUCGACGAGGGCGUAAAGCGCGAGCUCGUGAGCGAUAUACGGAACUACCUCGACCCCCGGACGCAGAAGCGGUAUCAGAGCCGCAGCAUGCCGUAUCGCCGGGGGUACCUCUUCUACGGACCGCCCGGGACCGGCAAGUCUUCGCUCUCCGUGGCCAUCGCGGGCGAGUUUGGGCUCGACCUUUACGAGGUCAAGAUCCCCAGCGUCGCUACCGAUGCGGAGCUGGAGCAGAUGUUCCAGGAGGUCCCGCCUCGGUGUAUUGUGUUGCUUGAGGACAUUGACGCCGUGUGGAAGGACUGGUCGGCGGGUGAGAAGAAGAACCAGACCAACGGGCAGGACGGGCAGAAUAAUAAUAACAACAACAACAACAACAGUGCGCCAAACUGCACUUUGUCCGGACUCUUGAAUGUCUUGGACGGCGUGGGGUCGCAGGAAGGCCGUAUCCUCAUCAUGACCACCAAUCGGCCCAAGCAGCUGGACAGCGCCCUCGUCCGACCCGGUCGUGUCGACAUGAAGGUCUUCCUUGGGAACAUCAGCCAGAAGUCUGCCAGGGACAUGUUCCUCCGCAUGUUUUCUCCCGACUUGGGUUGUUCGGCGGACCUCGACAUGGAGGAGGUGGAGAAACUCGCGGAUCGGUUUGCCGCCGAAAUACCCGAGGAUACGUUCACGCCUUCUCUUUUGCAGGGCUUUUUCCAACUUCAUCUAGAGAGUCCACUGAACGCCGUUUCCAGCAUUGGCGCCUGGGUCAAGAAAGAGCUUGAAAAGAGCUCCGACAAGGACUUUGAGCUCAUACAUGAUAGAAAGCGGUCGUGACGAGCGGUUGUGACGUGUACGAUGUCUGUGAUUCGGUAUGUCUUGACUCUUGUAUACUAGGUUAUAUAUAUUUCAUGGGUUAGAAACGCAUUCUUCAUGGACAGAGAGGACUUGGGGGUUCUAUAGACUUAGACGAUGGGUCAGCAAGGGUUCGCCUUUUUCAUUACUACCGCUUGUUUCUGUAUAAGAUUCCUCUGACCGGGUUAAAAAAGACUUGGGCCGAGAUUACAUGUGUCAUUCGCGGCGACUUGCUUUUGAUAUACCCCGUAGUCCGGGUUCAGAUAUGUAUGCCAAAAAUAAGAAAGAGCCG